GUAGUGUAACCAGUUCUGGAUCUCUCCAACUCACCAGCAGAUUCAUGUCAUCUGCUGCAGCACUUUUUGGGCAGAUCCUAGUAACCUCCUUCCUCUGCUUCCACCCUGUUUGCUGGCUCUGCUGGUCUGAGCAAUUCCCCAAGAUGGCUGCAAGUACAUUUCACAAAGAUUCCACCUCCUCAGCUAGUUACUGCUCAGUUCAUUUUGUCAUCCAAUGGGCACAUCAGGGAGAAGAUAUGAACAAUAUUAAUGUUCCAAAGACAGAUUGGAGCCGUGAUGAGCAGUAUAAGGAGAACAUUCCUACAGGAAAAGAUCCAAUCUAUAUUAACACUGCAGACAUAAAGGAAGAAGAAGAGGAGGCAGAUGUGAUCAGUGAUGAGCAGGAUAAGAAGGACUUUCCUACAGGGAAAGAUCCAAUCUAUAUUAAUGCUACAGACAUAAAGGAAGAAGAAGAGGAGACAGAUGUGAGCAGUGAUGAGCAGUAUAAGGAGGACAUUCCUACAGGAAAAGAUCCAAUCUAUAUUAACACUGCAGACAUAAAGGAAGAAGAAGAGGAGACAGAUAUGAGCGAUGAUGAGCAGUAUAAGGAGGACAUUCCUACAGGUAACCGUCCAGAUGACUUUACCAGGAGAUCAGAGGAGAAUCUUAUAUCUUCAUAUUAUAAAGCAGAUGAUGAUAUCACACAAGAUACAUAUGAAGAACAUUCCAUUAUCCCAGAUACACCCUCAGCCCUUCACAGCCAAGAUCUGUCAUCUCAUCCUGUUAUACAAGUCCGACCUAAAGAUUCAUCUCAGUCUGUUAAACAAAAUAAGGGAAAGCGAUUUUCAUGUCCAGAAUGUGGGAAAUGUUUUUCUCGGAAAUUAAGUAUUGUUAGCCAUCAAAGAACUCACACAGGAGAGAAGCUAUUUUCAUGCUCAGAAUGUGGAAAAUGUUUUAGACAUAGUUCAAAUCUUCUUAAACAUCAAAGAAUUCACACAGGAGAAAAGCCAUUUUCAUGUUCAGAAUGUGGGAAAUGUUUUACUCACAAAUCACAUCUUGUUACGCAUGAAAGAAUGCACACAGGUGAGAAGCCAUUUUCAUGUUCAGAAUGUGGGAAAUGUUUUACUCGGAAAUCACAUCUUGUUAUGCAUCAUAGAACUCACACAGGAGAGAAACCAUUUUCAUGUUCAGAAUGUGGAAAAUGUUUUAGUCAGAAUAGAAAUCUUGUUGAACAUCAAAGAAUUCACACAGGAGAAAAGCCAUUUUCAUGUUCAGAAUGUGGAAAAUGUUUUACUGAGAAAUCGUAUCUUUGUAUACAUCAAAGAAUUCACACAGGAGAAAAGCCAUUUUCAUGUUCAGAAUGUGGGAAUUUUUUUACUAAGACAUCACAUCUUCGUAUGCAUCAAAGAAUUCACACAGGAGAAAAGCCAUUUUCAUGUUCAGAAUGUGUGAAGUGUUUUACUCGGCAAUCACAUCUUGUUAGACAUCAAAGAAUUCACACAGGAGAGAAGCCAUUUUCAUGUUCAGAAUGUGGGAAGUGUUUUACUCGGCAAUCACAUCUUGUUAGACAUCAAAGAAUUCACACAGGAGAGAAGCCAUUUUCAUGUUCAGAAUGUGGGAAAUGUUUUAGUCAGAAUGGAAAUCUUGUUGAACAUCAAAGAAUUCACACAGGAGAAAAGCCAUUUUCAUGUUCAGAAUGUGGGAAAUUUUUUGCUGACAAAUCAGGUUUUGUUAUGCAUCAAAGAAUUCACACAGGAGAAAAGCCAUUUUCAUGUUCAGAAUGUGGGAAAUGUUUUACUGGGAAAUCAAAUCUUGUUAUGCAUCAAAGAAUUCACACAGGAGAAAAGCCAUUUCCAUGUUCAGAAUGUGGGAAACGUUUUACUCAGAAAACAGAUCUUGUUAAACAUCAAAGAAUUCACACAGGAGCAAAGCCAUUAUCAUGUUCAGAAUGUGGGAAAUGUUUUACUCAGAAAUCAAAUCUUAUCAAACAUCUAAGAAUUCAUGCAGGAGAGAAGCCAAUUGAGAUCAAUAAAUGAUGUAGAUAACACAUCUAUAUAUUAACCAUGUACAGUGGGGAUCAAUUUGUAUUAAUGUGCAUAAA